AUGACCUGUAGGGAGCAGGGCAGUACUGAAGACCAAAAAUACUCAAGGUUGGCAGCCUGCAUCUCGGGUUCCCAAGGCAGCCAGUCCUAUGGCCAGAGCUACCAGCCUCAGGGUGGCAGUUCCUAUGGCCAGCAGGGUGGAUCUUCUUCAAGUAGCAGCAGUGGUUGUGGACAAGGUGUUUCAUAUGAUAGCAAUCCCUGCCACCAGGGUGGAUCACAGGGUGGAUCACAGGGUAGUCAGGGUGGAUCAUACUCACAAAACUAUGGUGGUAGCCAACAGAGUGGAUCAUCAUCCUCACAAAAUUAUGGUAGCAACCAGGAUGGAUCCUACUCACAAAACUACGGUGGUGGCCAAGGUGGAUCAUCCUCCUCAGACACCUAUUAUGAUAAUCAGGAUUCACAAUAUUCCCCAGAUGAUAAUCCCAAUGCUUGUGAUGAUAGUGACACUACUUACAGUGCCAAGAGUCAGAGUUCUGGUGGUUGUGCAAAGAAGAAAGUUCUCGUUGCCCGAGAUACAUCACAUGCUUUAAGUAGAAGAGCCUAUGAUGUACAGAAUGCAUCUUCUCCUUCAAACAGCAGCCACACUGAUGUCCAGGGUGGAUCAUUCGUUGCAACCAGUGGUGGAUCAAGUAAUCAGGGUGGUUGCAUUUGCCCUGAUGGAAGCAGUGGUCACAGACAGGGAGCCCCAGGUUAUCCACACAGCACAUAUUCUGGUAACCAGGGAGGGCCUUUCUACUAUCCUGGAGGAUCCUAUGGACAGGGAGGGCCUUUCUACUAUCCUGGAGGAUCCUAUGGACAGGGUGGCCCAGGUUCUUCCCACAGUUCUUACUCUGGUAACCAGGGAGGACCUUCCUUCUCUCCUGGUGGAUCUUACGGACAGGGAGGAUCUUCUGUUUAUGAUGGUAGCAGUGAAUCCUAUGGUCAGGGUGGAUCUUCUGCAUAUAGUGGUGCUGAGUCUUAUGGCCAGGAUUCGCCUUCCAUGGCAGGCAGUGAAACUGAUGAGAGCGAUUCCUCCUCACCAUCUGGUAGCCGCCAGAGUGAACGGGAUUUUUAUUCCCCAGGAGGCAGCCAGUCAGGUGGACAUGGAUCAUCUUCUCAAGGUGGUGGCUACUCGAGUGGGCAGGCCUCAUCAUCAUCUGGAGGCAGCCAGUAUGGUGGGCAGGGUUCAUCUUCUUCAGGAGGCAGCCAGCCUGGUGGACAGGGUGCAUGUGAUUGUUCUGGGGCAAGUUCUGGUGGAUCCCCUACCUUAGUCAGAAGUGAUGCCUCUGCAAAUGACUCAUCUUCUUCUGGAGGAAGCCAGUACAAUAGCCAAGAUUCAUAUUCCUCAGGAGCUAGCCAGUAUGGAGGACAUGGGCCAUCUUCUUAUGGAGGCAGCCAGUAUGGUGGACAGGGUUCACCAUCCUCAGGAGGCAGCCAAUACGGUGGACAGGGUUCACCUACUUCAGGAGGCAGCCAGUAUGGAGGACAGGGUCCAUAUUUCCCAGGUGGCAGCCAGUAUGGAGGACAGGGUAUGCCUUCUUCAGGAAGCAACCAGUACAGUGGACAGGGCUUUUCUUCGGGAGUCAGACAGUCUGGUGGACAGGGUGGGUGUGUGUGCCCCGGUGGAGGUCCAGGCUCUUUCGGAGGAGCCAACUACCCUGGUGGACAGGCUUCAUCAUAUUCUGGAACCAACCAGUAUGGUGGACAGGGAUCUUAUCCCUCAGGAGGCAGUCAGUAUGGUGGGCCGGGCUCAUAUUCUUCUGGAGGCAGACAACCUGGUAAACCAGGUUCAUCUUCCUCAGGAGGCAGUCAUCAAGGAAAGCCAGGUGGCUCUAGCUCAGGAAGCACUUAUUCUGGAAAACAGUCACCUUCCUCUGGAGGCAGUCAAGUGAGCUCUGCUGGGAAACACUCCACUCCCCUUCUCCUGAUGUUAUUCAGUGUUUUGAGUGCCUUUGCUCUCUCUGCUGCUACAUCCAAAUGGUCUAUAUGAACUUCUGAAGAGCUGCUUGACAACCUAAACACGAAUUAUAUUUCACAUUAUUAAUUACUUAAUAUAAGAAAAAAAAUACCCUUAAGUCAAAUUGUCAGAUGCUACUUGGCUGUUAUGUUGCAUGUCUAGCUGAUAUGUCAUGCCUCUCAUUAGUUUACCUCUGGUUUUAGUCAUUAGUAGAUAUCAUUAGUUUUGUCAGUGUUUUAGGCAUCAUUUUAAGAGAGCAUAUUGUACCCUACCUAUAUGAUUUAUUUUUAUUUCCGAUAGGGAAUGCAGCGAACACCUGCCUGAAAUGAUUGGUGUAACAAAUUAGAAAGUAUUUGGUUAUUCACCAAAGUGGACGAGGUCAAAUAAAUCGUUGUGUAUGUGAGCUGA